AUGUCUAGCGGCCCCGUUAACGACAAGGACGUCGAGGAGUGGAAAGCCCGAAUUAACAAUAUUCUGGCGAAGCCUACCGAUCACAUCAACCAACGCUCUCCCGAUGACUCGCAGCCUUGGUAUACAUCCUUCUUCGAUUGCUGCAGCCCCAUCGACCUUUGCUUGACUUCCUGGUGUCUUCCUUGUGUCACUUUCGGCAAGACGCACCACCGCCUCCGCAAGGAUGUCAAGCUUGAGGGAUAUGAGCCCAUCAACACGUCGUGUCUGUUCAUGUGUGGUGCCGGAUGUAUUGGUCUACACUGGAUUCCUCUGUCUAUGCAACGUGCCGAUAUUCGCGAGAAAUACAAUCUUCAGGGUAACUGCAUUGUCGACAUUGCCGCAGCGUGCUGCUGCGGUCUCUGCGACCUUGUACAGCAGGAAAAGGAAGUUUCCCGCCGCGGAAAUCUUCAGCAGGAUGCUGUAAAGCAGCAGUACCAGUCUAACAACGAGAUGGCUUACCCGGGCGCCGCUGCGCCUAAGUAA